GACGACGUCACCGAACUACCAACUCCAGGAAGCUGGAAGUUUCUUACUAUGACUCCGUUUUUACUGCAGUUUUAAUACAGGAGUUUUGGAGCAGCGGGUGACAUAAUUCUUGGUUUCUAUAUUUUUUUUAUUUAAAGAAUCUGUCUUUGUAUAUACAAACUUUCUAUAAAUCUAAAGCAGCCGGACGUAAAGUCUCCACACGUUACUUACUGAAGAUGUUAGCCUCGAGUCUGCUGGCUAAUUACUGCACCGAACUCCAUGAUGACCAAGCGCAUAAAGUGGACAAAUACCUGAACCACCUUCAGCUGUCAGAUGUGACUUUGAUGGAUGUGUCAAUAAGAUUUCGACGAGAGAUGGACAAAGGCCUGUGCAGAGACACCAACCCCACAGCUGCUGUCAGGAUGCUGCCCACAUUUGUGCGCUCCACUCCUGAUGGAACAGAGCAAGGUGAAUUCCUGGCCCUCGACCUUGGUGGAUCCAACUUCCGAGUUCUCCUGGUCAGAGUCAUGGCUAGUGGCAAGCGAGAGGUGGAGAUGGAAGAUCAGAUUUAUUCCAUUCCUGAUCACCUCAUGAGAGGCAGCGGCUCUGAGUUAUUUGAACACAUAGCUGAUUGUCUGGCUAAUUUCCUGGAGAAGUUGGGGAUAAAGGAUAAAAAGCUUCCUCUGGGCUUCACCUUCUCCUUUCCCUGUCAGCAGACCAAGUUGGAUGAGAGUGUUUUGUUGUCUUGGACGAAAGGUUUCAAGGCAAGCGGAGUAGAGGGAAAGGAAGUGGUCAGCCUCCUGAGGAAAGCCAUCAAAAAAAGAGGGGACUUUGACCUUGACAUUGUGGCUGUAGUCAAUGACACAGUGGGAACCAUGAUGACCUGUGGCUACGAUGAUCAUCACUGUGAAAUUGGCCUGAUUGUGGGUGAGUCCAGUCUGUGAAUGUAAAAAAAUAACAAGGAUCGGUGAAGGCCAGUAAGUGUAACAGUAAAACAGUCUCCCAAAGUGUUUUAGUUGGGUUGAGAUCUGGGUAUAAAAACAUGACGUGAGAAUGUCCAGGCCGUGGCGCAAACUCUUGAGCCGAGAGAAUGUGCAGACCAUCCACAGACUUUUCUCUGGCGCUGUCAGUAAA